UUAAAAUUUAGUCCAAAACACACAGUGAAGUGAAAUACCCUCUUCUACUGUUACUCUAGCUAACUCAGCAGUAAUCCACCACAAAAUCCCCAAUUUUCAGCCAUUUAUCAGCAUAAUCCAUCGAUCUUACUACAAUUGGGUCAAAUUGAUGCAGGAAUCCGUCGCCAUGUUGCCGGAAGAUACUAUCCCCAAGUCACCUCUCGAUAAGCCGCUUCAGCAGCUCACAGAAGAUGACAUUUCUCAGAUUACCCGCGAGGACUGCCGCCGUUAUCUUAAGGAGAAAGGAAUUUGUUUCGGUGUAGGGAUGAGGAGGCCGUCGUGGAACAAAUCGCAGGCGAUUCAGCAGGUGAUAAUGCUCAAGAGGCUACUUGAAACGACGUCGUCAGACACUGAAGCUGAACCUCUCAAAAAGCUUUACAUUCCCCGCCUUACUAAUGCUAAUAAUGAGUAUGAUGAUAAUCCACAGCGCGUUUCUGAGGGAACGCUUGAAUCAGCAGAAGAGAAACUGCCAUUUCUGAGAAAGGAUCCGGGGAAAAAGGAUUCUUCUGGUGAUCUGUCUGGGAGUUUGGUUGCCGUCAACAAUGAAUCUGCUCCUUCUAGAACCGUGGGUUCAACAAAUAUUCCAGCUGGACAAAUGACAAUAUUUUAUUGUGGCAAAGUGAAUGUAUAUGAUGAUGUGCCAGCUGACAAGGUACGUGCAAUUAUGCAUUUUGCUGCAAGCCUGCACCAGUUCCCUCAGGAACCUCCAUUUGACAGCACUGCACCAGUGCAACCUUCUCCAUGCCACUCACAGUCUAUAAGUGGCAAUUUGUGCCCAGAUUCUGCAACAGUACUCUCACCAGCUUUGCAGACAGCAAAAAUGGGUGACAACUCUCGACUGCAUGGAGAAGAAAGUAAUGUGCUUCAUGAAGAUUGCCCCGCCGAAGGUCCAUCAACCAGAAAAGCAUCAGUUCAAAGAUAUCUUGAGAAGAGAAAAGACAGGUUUAAGAGCAAGAGAAAGAUAGGAAUGGCCUCGUGUGCUGGAUUGGACAUAUACGUUAAUCAUCAGAUACCAAAUGAGCACUCAAGGAGAAGUGAUGCAUGCUCCCCGCCCCAAAUCAGACCACCCUCUACGCCUACAUGGUGCAGGUUAAAUGUACUCGAGAAGAUGAACUGAGGCGGCUGUGAUGGUUGUUUGUUUCCCACCAUAACGAGGAUUAUGAAGCCACUAUCAAUCUCAGAUGGUCAGCUGAAUUAACAAGAGAUGACGCAUAGAUAAGAGAAUUCAUUAGGUAUUUAUUUCAGUUCAACGAAGAGGAGAGCUGUGAGUCAGUAUUUGUAUUUUCCCUUGACCAUUUGGUUUUAGUGUUUGUAACCAACGUGAGAGUGAUAAUCGGCUUCUUGCCCUCUUCCGGAUUAGUAGUAUCAUUUUCUUUAUUUGUUGCAUUAAUCCGAAAGAAUCUUUUAACU